CAUGUCACAGUUGAGCCGAAAGAUCAUUCGUUGGUGACCCUGUAAUUAGGGUCGUCACACCGGAGCCGUACCGGACUUCCAUUCAACCUCUUAGUCAGGCCCGAAUUAAAUAUAAGGCCCGAUCGUUUGAUAUACGGACGAUGCCCUAAACAAGAAUCGUUUGAUAUAAAUACUUAUUCAGACCUAAAAUGGCUGAAUCCCCGAAAGUGUAUUACAUUUUUUUUUUUGGUUGUCGCCUCUAGAAAACCUAGCAAGCCGCUCUUGUCAACUUCUCCAAUGGACGAAUCCGUCGACAAGGGGAUGAAAUCGCUGUCACUGAAUGGUAGUAGUGAUGCAGCCAUUCCAAAUAGCCGUGGGAUAGGGAGAAUAUUCGCUUCGGGAUAUGACACUGCUCUUACUCGUGAUGUUGUCGAGAGCGCUCUGAGAAAACAUUUCGCUUCAUGUGGAGAGAUCACUGAUGUUUAUAUUCCAGUGAACUAUCAUGAGGAUAACAGAAUCUGGAAAUGUGCUUUUAUAUAUUUUGUGGGAGAGGGAGCAGUGGAUAAGGCUUUGAAGCUUAACGGAAGUGACGUGGAUGGAUGGAAUGUCUCUGUUACUGCUUAUCCUUUUCCCGAAAAUGCAAACAGUUCCGGUGAUGUAAAAGUUGAAGGAUAUGACCCUUCCCUUAGUCGUGAUGAAAUCCUGAGCGCUAUGACUAAACUUUUCUCUUCUUACGGAGAGAUUAGUCCAAUCAUAUUUUCAGAUCGUUCUAUUGCAUAUUGAGGGAAAAGACGCUGCAGAGAAGGUGCCUGAACUUAAUGGCAUCGUCAUCGGGGGACGCAAAUUAGUUGUUCGUCUUCUUUCUGGACUAGACAAAUCCACCCGCCACCCACGCCGCUUACGUGGCGGCCCCAUUUGUGGCCGCAGAUACUUCCCAAAGGUACAAAAAAAUUGAUUCUUGAUUCUUGAUUCUUUGGUAACUAAGUGUAUACUUUCGGGUUUAUCUUAGAGGAUGAAGUUUAAGCCCUCUCUUGAGUAAGAAAGAGCCUCUCUUAGAAGGAGAAAGUAAUAGACAGCUCUCCUUGGUGUGUGUUUUCUGUCUAGAUGUGAUAGAUACGAUGCAACCUCUCUCUUUUAGUUGUUAUAUGCUUGUGGAUGUUAAAAUAAACUCGAUACUUUCUGCUGUCAUUAUUAGUAAGUAUGAUAUUUUUUA